GAAGUGAAAACGCGAAAACGCUAUGUGGUAUUUUAGCCCGAAUGUGCCUCCAAAUAUGUGAGAAAUGUGAGAUUUACAUCCCGUCGGACUCGGUCUUGACUUCAGCUGGAGUUACCUGCACAUCAUGGCGGACUCUCUGUUUCUGCUGAACGGGGACACGCUCGCUGAAGGAGACUGUCGCUGUCUCUGCGGCUCUUGUUAUUGUAUCUGGCGCUAGCAUUAGCCCGGGGAGCUAACACCGCUGUCCGAGCUUUCGACAGAACCGAUGUCGAUUCAUUGCUGCGGGGCAGGAAGUUGAACCGCAAAGAACAAGGUAAUUUCAGACAUUGGCCCGCCGAUCGGAGAAAUGCUCACGCUUUUUACGUAACUGGUCGCAGUCGGUACGUUAGCUUUGCGGUGCACGAAAUGCUGACGUUAAUUUACAAGUGAAAAUAAACAUCUGCUGCGUGUCUGCGUUACAAGAGGAGACCUUGAUUAAAAUGUGACCGCCCGCUAAUACUAGUUUCCACGUCUUUAACGGUACCUCGUGGACGUUAUUGCUGUGUAAACAUUCCGGGGAUGGAGCUGCAUGUGGGAGCCGCUGUGAUGGACCUCGCGCUGCGCAUCCCAGACAUUUGACUUGUUCGCCUGUCACAGAGAAAUCAUGUCUUGCAAAGCCGCCACCAAGGACAAGAAGUCGAGCUUCAGCAAGAAGCUGUUCAGGCGAGGCUCUGUGCGAUCCGUGGGCAGUUUCAUGAGCAGAUUCCUGAGGACCCUGACAGCCUUAUCCCACUUUGGAUCGGAAAUACAAGCAGAGGAUGACAAGGACGAUGGAGGGUUCUCCACGUUUAAACCCGGGAGCAAAGAUGUGCCCAUGGACGAUGGGGACCUGGGGGGGUUCCUGUCCGGAGACAGGGUCCCCGGAGUGUCAGGGCUCAAAAACCACGGGAAUACCUGCUUCAUGAAUGCGAUCCUGCAGUGCCUCAGCAACACUGAACUCUUCGCGGAGUACCUGGUUCUGGAGCACUACAAAGGCGAGGAGGGGGAGGACGGGGACAAACCGAAGACUAAUGGCCUACACCUGCAGAGGAAGGGUCCCCUGGCCAAAGGAGAGGUCACGGAGCAGCUGUCGGGACUUGUGCGGGCUUUAUGGACGUUUGAAUACACUCCACAGCACAGCAGAGACUUCAAGAACGCGGUGUCAAAGAAUGCCACUCAGUUUAAAGGGAACUCUCAGCACGAUGCUCAGGAGUUUCUGCUGUGGCUGCUGGACAGAGUGCACGAGGACCUCAACACAGUCAACCCCAACAGCAGGCCUGCUAUAAAGCCCCCUAUUGAAGAAGAUGAUGAAAGCAUAGAAGAGCCUUCUCUACCUCUCUCUGCUGGGUCGUUUGUACAAGAACUGUUCCAGGCUCAGUACAGGUCAUCUCUAACCUGCCCACAUUGCCAAAAGCAGAGCAAUACGUUCGAUCCCUUCCUCUGCAUCUCCUUACCGAUCCCACUCCCACACACACGGCCCCUGUAUGUGACAGUGGUCUACCAGGGGAAGUACUCUCACUGUAUGAGGAUUGGAGUUGCUGUUCCCCUCAACAGCACCGUCUAUCGCCUCCGAGAUGCUGUGUCACGUGAGACCAAGAUCCCAAUGGACCAGUUUGUUUUGACUGAAAUGUACUAUGAUGGCUUCCAUCGCUCAUUUUGUGAUGACGACGAUGAUCUUGAGAUCAUUCAAGAGAGCGAUUCCAUCUUUGCCUUUGAGACACCAGAGACCUUCAAACUGGAAAAUUUACGCACAAAGAGAGGAAGUCUCCUUGCAAACCUGAACCACAACAACUUGAAGUAUGGGACUGAAAUCAGCAGGACUUCAUCGUUCAUGCAGGGGGCCAUGACUCCUGUUACUGCAUCACCCAAUAAAAACCUUGGACCAGAAAAGAUUAUCCUGUUGGUGUGUAACAGAGCCUGUACUGGUCACCAAGGAAAGAGGUUCGGCCUGCCUUUUGUACUGUACAUGGAGCGCACGGUGACCUGGGACGGUCUCCAAAAAGAGAUCCUGGAGAAAAUGCGUCAUCUCUUGAGGCCUGGGGUCUAUAUUCAGGUGGGACCUUUCAGUCUUCGGGUGGUUGGCGUUGUUGGUAUAACCUACCUCCUUCCCCAAGAUGAGCGACCACUGUGUCACCCGACUGUGGAAAGAGCGUACAAGUCCUGUGGACAAGGAGGAGGACCACCACAUGUGAAGAUAGUGGUAGAGUGGGACAAAGAGACGAAGGACUAUCUGUUUGGACACACUGAGGAGGAGUAUAUUCCCGAUGCUGAGAGUGUGUAUCUGCACAGAGAACACCAUCACCAGCCGCAGGCCUGCACCCUCGCUCAGUGCUUUCAGCUCUACACGAAGGAGGAGCAGCUGGCCCCAGACGAUGCCUGGCGCUGUCCCCACUGCAAGCAGCUGCAGCAGGGCCGCAUUAAGCUCAGCCUGUGGACGCUGCCGGAUGUACUCAUACUGCAUCUCAAGAGGUUCAGACAGGAGGGGGACCGGAGGGUAAAGAUGCAGAACAUGGUGCGGUUCCCAUUGAUGGGCAUGGACAUGGCACCUCAUGUGGUGAAGAGGAGUCAGAGCAGCUGGAGUUUACCUUCCCAUUGGUCGCCAUGGAGGAGACCCUAUGGCCUGGGAAGAAACCCUGAUGACUACCUUUAUGACCUCUAUGCUGUGUGCAACCACCAUGGGAAUAUGCACGGAGGCCACUACACUGCUUACUGCAAGAACUCCAUUGAUGGUCAGUGGUACUGCUUUGAUGACAGUGAGGUUUCCCCAGUAGCUGACGAUGACGUGUGUCAGCAGACGGCCUAUAUACUCUUCUACCAGAGGAGGACAGUCAUUCCCUCCUGGUCGGCCAACAGCUCUGUUGCUGGUUCCACUAGUUCCUCCCUGUGUGACCACUGGAUCAACAGGUUGCCUGGCAGCAGGCCUGCUAGCUUGGCCUCUGGAGCCUCGUCCAGACGCACCUCUCUGGCUUCACUGGCCGAGUCGGUUGAGUUUCCAGUGGAACGCAGUGAGGAUGAUGGAGGAUUCUCUGCCCGCCCUUUUGUGAGGAGCAUUCAGCAUCAGAGCUCGUCUUCCAGGUCAUCCAUCGCUAGUCCUUUAGCCUUCAGCGACAGUGGGAUAAAACCAUCUUGGUCUCUUUCUGCGAAGCUUCAUAUGAGAUCCAACUCGCCCUCACGGUUCUCCCUCGACUCUCGAUGCUCACCUCCUCUAGAGAGGAUAGGAGAGGCCUGCGAUGACAAGGUUUCCACUUCGUGUUUUGGCAGCUAUAGUCGACAUGAACGCUACUUUGGCAGCAGGACUCCGUUGUCGAUGAUGGAGAGCAACUUAAGUGACCAGGACAACAAUAAGCAGUUCCUAGACAUGGUGUACUGCAGGGCUCCCACUCCAGUGGAAAAGAAGGGCACCAAAAAUGAGCCAACUGAAAACAACAACCAGAUUACAGCUAUAGACCAAAACAUACUACCUGCCCAAGCGACGCCCUCCAAAGAACAGAAACGAAAGAGCAGCAUUGGAGGAUUUGCCUCAAAGGCUGAAACCACAGGCUCCACAAAGAGCAAAGUGGAGCAAGAGAAAACUUCCAAAAAGCGUUUGUGCUCAACCCAUAAAACCUCCACCCCUGAGACGUCUUCCAGCACACCUGUGAAAGGCAAGAAGGUGAGCAAUACUAAAGAAAAGAGUGUAAACGCCAAGAAAAACACCUCAACACCCAGUGGGACGCCCUCCAAAACAAAGGCAGCAAUUCAGCCUCUAGACGCAACGCCGCAACAUAAGCCAUGUGUCCGAUCCACACCUCAGUCCUCAGCUUCUCCCUCACCAACUGCAAAUAAAAAUUCCAGUGUCGCAGAUAAAAGCACUCUGAGUAGUCGUAAACGACUGGUGGAAAGGAGCUACAGCAGAGAUUCUAUGCACACUAGCCCUCUGGUCAACAAUCUCAGAGGCAGCUCAGUAGCUCGCUCUUCGCUCUCUAAGAGUGGGGAAAGCAACAAGAUUGAAAAGAAAUCUGUGAGGAGUUCAAGCAGUAGCUCCUCUGUCACUAGCCUGCGUUCACCAAGCGUGUCCACCAAAGACCUACAGCGCAACAGCAAGUCUGAGGAAAAAGGGUUGUCUUUCUUCAAGAGCGCCCUUCGACAAAGGGAAAGCCGCCGGUCGGCUGAUUUGGGAAAAAGCUCCUUGCUUGCUAAAAAGUCCUCAGAGAGGACGUGCAAGCAAAAUGGUCAAGCCAAGGAAAUCGUUGCUGAGAAUGGUAAGGCAGGAGAUGCUGUGUCUUCACAAACAUCUACAGAGACAAAGUCAAAGACAAAAGAGUCUUCCAAGCCCCCCAGCUCUCUCAGUCGCACUCUACUAAAUGUAGGCAAGUCCAAGUCUUCCACUUCUGACGUAAGUCUCAAGUCGCCCACAAAAGGGAAGAAGCCUCUCGAAAGGAUGGCAUCUUCCCGAAAACUGUCAUCUAGCAUGCAAUCACCUGCACGUACAACACAGAGGCCUCAAUGAUAAACUCAUUGUAGUUAUAUUGAACGUACAUAUUGCAGCUAUUUUCUUUGUGCCUAUGUCUCACAGAGCAUCAGAUGUAUUUGUAAAGAGACACAUUGGAUGUUGUGGUUGUGUACACUUUCGUUGAAUAUAGAGGACUUCUUGGUAACAGCAUUGGAGUAUUUAUAGCUGAACUCUAUAAAAAGCACUGUAGCCAUUUGCAUAUUUUGGUGGCAAAAACUCCUGGUAAAAUUACAGUUCGAGUUAUUGGAGUACUUUGUAUUGUUACCUGUUACACCUUUAAGAAUUGGCAGGGCAGGGUAAUAGAUGUAUUCUGGCAUGGAUGAUACAUAAGCAUGCUAUAUGCAUUCAGCUGUACAGCACAACCAGUUUGAUCGUGAGCACUCAAAGCCUGUUUGACAGCUGACAGAAUUCCCCCAUUGCAAUCUUGAAAUCCAAUUAUCUUUCCUUCAGACAAAUAUUCGAAUACUUCAAAAAAUAUUCAGGCAGAAAACCUUGGUUUGAAAUGCGGCAUCUUGCACAUUUAACAAUAGGAUGAGAGACAGUGUUACCUUGUACACACCAGCAAUGCACAGUUUUUAUUGUUUCGUAAAAUCGUUUUAAUUAAUAGAGGUUCACAUUUUUGUGAGAUAAAAAGUAGUUGGUUGACGCUGCCCAAACUUCACUGCUCCUCUAUAAUGCAUUUUAAACUAAAAAACAGUGGGAGAGAACCACAACAUUGAUAAUGGUCUCUGGACAAAUACUGAAACUUGAUAUGCUCUCACACACAAACGCACAUAUACUUGUGUUUCUGUCUUUGUGAGGACAUUAUGCAUUUCCUAACCCUUACCUUAACCAUCACAACUAAAUACCUAAACUCAACCCUUACCCCUGAACUAACCUAAGUCUACCCCUAACCUAAAACCAAGUCUUAACCCCAAAAUAGUCCUUGUCAGAAAGAGAGGUCAGGUCCUCACAUAGAUAGAAAUACAAAUACACAAAGGGCCUCACUUCAUGAGGUCAAAUAUUCAGGUCCUCACAAAGAUAGAAAUGCAAGUACACACACACAAAAGAGUUUCAUUCCGAAAGAGUUGUGACAAAGCAUUCAUAAAGUUUUCAUUAGUUGUUUAAGCUGAUCAAACUGGCCAUUGAUCGAUUUAAAACCUGCAGUCUAAACACACACUGUCUCAAAACACCUCAUAGCAUUGGUUUACUUCAUAUUUGUCUUGAGAGUAUCUAGGAUCAAUAUGGAAUGGCAGUACAAAAAUAAUAAUCUUUAUUGUUAACAUUAAAAGACAAUUUGUGGAGUACAGAGGUAAAAUCUCUUUCAAAGAAAAAGAAUUAGGAUUGGUACGAAAAAUUGAGGCAAAACUUUAUCUUUGUUUAAUAUUAGUACCUUUUUGACAGAAAUGUAUUUUAUUAGAUUCUUAUCAAAGUUGAGUGUGUUUUUUUUCCUCAGAAGAGAUGGUGUUUUGGAAUGAAACCCUUUAAAUUGAAAAUAAAUAACUAUAUAUAUAUAAUUAUAUAUAUGUUUCUGUACAGAUAUUGACAUAAGUAUAUAGUAUAAACCCCAUUUAUUUUCCUCUCCAAUAGCAACAUGAAAAUGAUCUCAAGCGCCUUUCAGUACUGUACAUGGAAACAAAUAAUUGCCUUUGGCAACAUAGUAGUCUACUACUGUAUGCAUCACUGAGUAGGAAUGUUGUGUUGUUUGCACUUUGUAUAGAUAAAGUAGUUUCCUCUUACCCUGAACAGUUAUAAAUAUAUAUAUAAAUAUACGCACACACACACACACACACACAAACUUAAUGUAAAUAUCGCAUUUUUAAUAUGUUGUCUGUACAUGUUUUCAAGACAUAUCGUAAAGUAAAGAGUCAACAGGCCUUUAGGCGUAAAAUGGUAAAAGGGUACAUUCAUCUCAAUGUUUCAGGGGUCAUCCCUUCAUUCCUCCUGGUGCUGUAACAGACCACUGCUCUUCUGGCACUGAUGUUUCUUAAAUGAACAUAUUUUCAAAUGCUGAUGUUCAGAACUGUGACCACGUAAACAUCAGUGAGCCAGAAACCUGUUGGCAGUGUUUAUCAUAAUAACCUGUGGUACCUCAUCGGAGAGGACAGUGCUUUUUUUUUUUUCCUUCAUCGGGCUGAAAUAAGAUGUCGAUAAUGAGCCAUUUAGUUCAUCGUAGAACUAUGUAUUGUCUGCGAGCAGUCGUCCAAAAUCACAUGAUGGCUGAAUUUUAUCAACUAUCAGGCGCUGCAAGGCUAAUGCAAAUUUUGCAGUAUAAUGAUAGAAGCAGGUUAGUUUCACUUCAGCUGUAAUGAUUCUGGCCUGAAUCUGAAGCUUUACCAUUGUAGAAUAAAUUGCAAUAUUCAUAUAGUAGAUACCAGCAUAGUGUAUGUUUUCAGUGAAUGAAUGUGGAUUUGUCAUUACUAAGCAGCUUUUUAUUUUAUCGUUAAAAUAAUCUACAGUAUUCCUCUCAGCUGUUUCUCUGUAGCAUAAACCAGGUUUACAUUAGUUCUCAGAUGGUUUCAGAGGAAAUACCACUCCAAUUAAAGAUUUAAGAAUGUUAUUUAAAAGGUCUGUAUAGGAGUUUUAGCUGAUUUAGUUCUGUUCUUGUAGAAACUAAAUUGAGUUGGUUUGUUUUUUUACAUCUCAGGAGGUGUAAAGUGUCUGUGUGCAAAGUAGCGACUUCACCUUGCAAAAGAUGGAUUGGCGAGUUUAAUUCUUCCAGUUUCUAAAGAAAAACGUAGUAUUCGUCACUGAAAGAUUCACAGCAAACUGUCAUUUGGCACAUAAGAGUGUGAUGACUCUUAAUACUCAAAUUCCACUCAAAUGUUUUGCUUAAGUUUUGAGGCGAUGUGUAAAGAAAACAAAUAGACGCAGAACAAACCUGACAUUUAAGAGGGUCGAAAUAAAAAAUUGUCUGAGUCGGGUGACUUGUUACUUGUUAGGUGAGGAACACAACUGACAUUAAAAUAUUCUUCCCUGACUUAACAGAGUGUGCUGUCCUAAUGUGACAGUAUGGAGAAGUGUAAAAAGUUCCCUGCUGGAGACCUGGGAUUUUUCUGUCUGUGUUCAUCACUUUACUUGUAACCCGUUGCCCAAAACUUUCUACGACCACCAUAAUGAAAAAUGUAGUAUAUGUUGUGUUUAAAAAUUCAUACACCAUAAAAAUAACAUACUUAUUGUUCAAUUGAGGUGGUUUUCCUAUAGCUGCUCUUUUAUAUGUUGUAAUCUAUCAGGAACACGUGCGUGGCACUUUGGAUCAAAGCAGGACUAUUUUAUGUAAUUCAUGUUUUUCACUCUCGUUUGCUGGUUUUAACGUCAAACUUGUAGUAGCCAGUUCCAGCCAAACCCUUUUUGACCUUGUUCCUGAACAGAACUGAAUUCUGAACGCUGCAGCCUAUUGCCUUGUUUUCCAACCAUUUCACAUUUAUCCGUAAGAAUUUUGAUUAUAGCCACAACAUUCUUAUAGAUUUUUCUUUACAGCUUGUAAAAUUUGAUUAGACAUUCAGUUUGAGAUCCUCACUGCAGGCAGCUCGUACUCGAGCAACUCUGGUAUUGUGCAGCCCAAGUUCUUUACAAUCUUUUAUUAUUGUACGUAUAAUAUGAAUGUCAAUAUGUAUUGAGAUACAGCAACAUGCAUUCAUUUAGUGACAAGCAACCUUCCAACCAGUAGCUUUUAAUCACUACAAAAACCUACUUUAAGAUUUUUACUUCGACCAACAUACUAGUGGUAAAGCAAUAAUCCAGCAAUCAUCUCAUUGAUUGAUGUGCAUCAGUUGGAGCAAGGAAGCUGAGGUUUUACCAAAAACUGCAAUAUGAUUUGAUUUUGAGAGCUCAAAAUUCCAUUUAAAACCAGACGAGUACUGUGCUUCAAAUGAGUACUUUUCCCAUUCUUCCAAAUGCGUAUCUGUCACAACAAGAUGUCAAAAAUCAAUGCGAAAUGUAACAGAAAAGCAUUUGAACACGAUUUCCCACUCUCUUCCCUCACUGCAGUUACUCACUUUACACAUUGUCGAUGUACAGAGUUGAUAAUGAUUAAGGAAAGCAGUAUUUGCAUGAAAACGCUAUUGCAUGCAUUUCAUUAACUAUGCAAGAGUCUGCAGCUGUGUACAGUAGAAGGCAGAGCAUGGCCGGUAUAUUCCAUCGCUUCAUUUGCACACAAUUCCAAUGUUUUGAAAAUGUAAAGUAUCUCAUCUUUCCGAUAAAGGGAAAAAACUUAAAAACCUUGCCUAUAUGGAAAUCUAUUUAAUGCCAUAAUUUCCUAUAGCAUUCUACCAUUUCAUUUGUACGUGUAUUCUUUCCUCAUUAUCUUGUGUUUUGUUUAUUUCUGCUGAUCUGUGCUCUCUGGGUGCUCCUACUACACUGGUAGGUUAUACGCUCUUUGUUUUUGUUGAAAAGAUGUUAAAUAUUUACUGUUGUACACCAGCAGAGACAACACUAAGGAUGCGAUAAUCUCUAUGCGGUUACUGCAUAGCCUAAUGUAUGUAUGUAUUGUGAAAAGGCCUUGCAUUAUUUCACUUCAGUGGUAACGGUUUGUGAACCUGUUUAAAACUUGCAGCGGCUGCGUCAAAGAUGUGGUCGGUCUCUUAUAUAAAGGCAACUCAAGCAAAUGAAUAUAUAUAAAUGGCUAAAUGCAAUGCAAUAAAGAAAGAAAGCAAAUUUAUAGUUUUAUAUUACACUAUGUAAUGAACAAUGACAUUCAAAUAUAAAUAUUCAGUUAGUACUUUUUGUAGUAUUUAUGCCACAUCAGUUGUUUUCAUCAGGAUGUGAUUUUUAUUGCUUUUUAUUCAAAGAGGGCAGUUAAUCAGCAAACUUUUAAAUGAUCUAAAACGGUGCCACUCUUGUUUCUGAUAACCGGUGAACUGGGGAUAAAACAAUCACUCUAAUGUUUAAAAUGCAAACAGGCUUCUCAGCAGAAGUCAGAAGUCUAUCACGUGCAACUUGUUUUUAAUAUUUUACCACUUAAAUCAAAGUUGCAAUAACCACUGAAAGUGAGAGAAACAUUUGAGCCACAGAUUUAGGAUUCUUCGGUAGAUUUUGUGGCUCAAUAGCAACACUGGGUGGACAGAUGUUGAGUCAUAAAGUCAAAAGACUUUGUCUUUGAAUUUUAAUUUAAUAAAUGUGUAUAUAUAUUUUUUAGGGCAUAUAGACAAGGCUUUCAAGGACAUCUGUCAUAUGUAAACACUACACACUGAUAAUAUUGAAACUUUACAGAAGCCUUAAGGAAACAAAUUGUAACGGUUAUUUUGUAUCUGGACGGUACAGAAACUAACGAGCUGUAGAAUGAAUGAAUGUCAUGAGUCUCUCUUAUUAUUUUUUUUUAGAUUACAUUAAGGACAUUAGUGCUAAAUGCACAGCACAUCUCUGCUUUUACCUUUUUUUUAUCUUUUACUUGUUCUUUUUGUAAUGCAUCGUUCAUAAAGCAUUUUGUAAAAUACAUAAUGUUGCAUUUAUUGUGAAUUAUUUUCUUAUUAAGGCCAUCUUGCUGUAUUAAGUUCAUGAGGAUAUUAUUAUUUGAACAGGCCGAUUGUUUGUUUUACAUAAUUUUCCAGUAGGGCCUCUGUUACAGCUUUUGUGUGUUUAUUUUUUAUUUCUGUGUACUUUUUAAAAAUUUUUCAGUUAAGCAAACUGUUAAUUCAGUAGUUUAAAGUUCAUCAUUGUCAGAGUCUUCUGUGUUAAUUUAUUUCUCCUUUAUCAUAUAUAUGCACUUUUUUAUUAUAAUUUCUCCAAAAGACAAAUGUGUAUAUACUAUGUUUAGCCAUGCAAGUACAAAAUGAAAAAUCUGAUUAAAAAUAUUCAAACUGUU